AUCUAGGCGGGUGUCACCUUCACAGCCAGAGGACCUACUCGCCAGAGAUCCAGAAAGCCAUCGAGGGCGUCCAGUUCAUCGCGCAACACAUUAGGGACGCGGACCGCGAUAAUGAGGUGAUACAGGAUUGGAAAUACGUGGCGAUGGUGCUGGAUCGUCUCUUCCUGUGGGUGUUCACUAUCGCCUGUGUGGUGGGCACUUGUGGCAUCAUCUUUCAGGCUCCCUCGCUCUACGACACUCGCGCACCUAUUGACGAAAUCUACUCGCAAAUUGGGACCGAAGUUUCUACAACCCAAAAUACCGGUUAAUAAAUCACACACGGUGCUUCUCUUGUGUGUGUGUGUGUGUGUAAGUGUGUGUGUGUGAACGUACGUGUGUGUGUACGUGUGUGUGUGUACGUACGUGUGUUUGUACGUGUGUGUGUGUGAACGUACGUGUGUGUGUGUACGUGUGUGUGUGUGUACGUACGUGUGUGUGUACGUGUGUGUGUGUAUGUGUGUGUGUGUUUAUUCCUAUAUGUUUGCUUCUUUGCUUAUAAUAAGUCGUAGUUGCGCCUUCAAUGUUCCAUUUAAAAAACAAAAACAAAAAGACACACACACACACACACACACAUAUAUAUAUAUAUAAAUAUAUAUCUAAAUAUUUAUGAAUAUUAUCAUCCCUCAGUUUUAUUGACCCUUACAGACCAACUCUCAGGACUUGUGAGGGAGAGUUCGGUCUCCAGUGUGAGUUAGUGUAAGUUAAGACUAUUUACAAGUACUAUGUUAAGGGCUGUUUUAUCUCACUUAGAGAAGUUUUAGUAGUGAAGGCUCUAAAGUCAUUAUAGUGUCAUAAGUUUGAGAACUAUUAAGUAAAAGCGACGCUCAUUAUAAAGUUCUGUAGUGUUGUGACAUUUCUGUUGCACGCGCGUGUGUGUCUGUGUGAGUGUUUGUUUGACUAUGCGUGUGUGUGUGUAAGUAUGUAUCUUCAUGCACACAAGAGAGAGCUAUUGACAUCUUUGAUGGAAGUUUGAAGUAUUUAAAUCGCUCAUGAAUUCAAAACUUUGGCUUCAGUCAGUGAGUGUAGUUGACUGGUCAGUUGACAAAGCACCACCACGUGUUACUGACCCGUAGAGGACAGCCGCCUCGUCAUGUUCCUGGGUCAUGUGAUUAUAGACGUUACCUAAUAAUUCACAUGUUAGACAAUACUUGUUAUCGUCUUUACUGGUUGUCAAAGCUGCUCAAGAGGUUCCCGCGUUUUCACUACAGAAAAAAACCCCCGCUAAACCUCUCUCUGAUGUCAUGAAGUGGUGACUUAAAACUGAUGUCAGAAUAUAAACAAGAUCCCUCCCCUAUGGUGAAGAUAACCUUUCCUUCUCUCCAUGUUGUUGAUGCAUAACAUUAAUAUUAGGGAAGAGUGUAUGGGACAUUUUAUAUGCUUAAGAUUUGUACAUAAACAAAAGAUACCAAGACGUAGAGGUAAUAAUACUAUUUGUUGAACUGGUCAGGUGACACCAACCAUCCCUCCCUCCUUCCCUCUUACUUGAGAUACAUAGUCAAUGGACUUUUUUAAACCAUCAACAAGGUGUAAUUCCAAAACCCUUUACAAUGUAUUCUCAUUUAAAUCUUCGAUGUUACAGGAAUCAAUAUGGAAUUUGUACAAUUUUUUACAGCUAUUUGUCUGUUAGCUUUAUAGCUUUAGAGCAUAGUAGUUUUCCCCAGACCUCCACACAUCUUAGUUGGUCUGCGGCUCAUACUCCUCACGGUCUAAGAGGUGUUAAGGUCUGGUAGUGAGACCCAGGGAUGUACUGGAGUGUAUGACUGAUUGGUUCACACCUGACAGCACUAGCACGCCCGCAAUAGAUGUUUUCUUUUGGCCAUUAAAUAUUAAAACAACAACAACGAGAUGACAGUUUUAAAAGACGGACAGGAUAUUAUUUCUUAAUUUGUCAGAGAUUAUUAUCCGGUUUAGAUAUUAAGACUUGGUGAACGAUACUUAAAGAAUCUGGGAGUUGAAGCAUUACACAACAGUAACAACAACUGCGUCAAACUGCUGCACUCUGGCUGUGGGUCCUGUGCUCACCGCGUCUUAGCAUUAUCAUCCACCAUACUCCGCUAACGAGACUUUUCAUGGAGUCGAGUGUACAGAAGGGUCAAUGUUCAGGCAAUUAGAUGGGCGUUAUCACCCGUGUCAACUAUCCAACUCGUUAUCCGGAACACUGUCGCGUAUAGGAGGACUUACUUCAUUCCUUAGUCUUGGAGGCACACAGUGGCAUUUUGAUUUCUCCGUUAAAUGGGGACCGGAGGUUGAACCAAUAUGCCACUACCAGGUGCUGUCUACGGUGCAACUAAUUACUGUAUACAAAUGGACACUGGAUAAGAGACGAACGAAGAUAAACAGAUGUAUAUUUACUGUCAGUUAUCCUUAAGUCUCUUUCGUUUGUCCAUUAUUUUCAUGUUAUUAAAGUGUCGAGUCACAGGUGUAGUGUCUCACCUGUGCUAACACUUGACCCUCACUCAGGCACAGGUGUAGUGUCUCACCUGUGCUAACACUUGACCCUCACUCAGGCACAGGUGUAGUGUCUCACCUGUGCUAACACUUGACCCUCACUCAGGCACAGGUGUAGUAUCUCACCUGUGCUAACACUUGACCCUCACUCAGGCACAGGUGUAGUGUCUCACCUGUGCUAACACUUGACCCUCACUCAGUAUUACUUAAAAAGAUUUUCCUCGCAGUUGACUUCAUUAUGAGACUUAAGUUAAUUACUUUUUGGUAGUUUUUAUGCUUAAUGGACAACUUCAGGAAGAUGAAUUUUGUAAGUUACUCUAAGGUCUGGCACUGAUACGUGUUCUUAUCCCACAAAUAUGCUGCAGCGAGCGGCCUAUUCCGAAGAAGUUAUCAUUUAAAUACAAACUGACCACAAAGUAGAGGUGACGCCAAGCAGCAAGAGGUUGACAGAGGUGCUGUACAAGGUUGACCACAGUUUUUUGGUUCCAUUUGGUAUUUUUGUAUUUCACCAAAAAUAUCAGCGAAUAAACACAAUGACUGGAGUUGACCUUUAAAGUAAUUGUAUUUUCUCACCUGUAUUUAACAAGUGUUGUAUAGUAUUUCUUCCCUAAUUCCCUUGAUUGUUGGUCCUAUUUUGGUGAAUUAAUAGUUGUUAUAUAUAUAUAUAUAGGUCAUUAUAUAGCUUACCUGACCCAUGAACGAACCCAGCGUUAUAAGAUUGUGUGACGUGAGUACCCAGGGAGGUGUUGGCUGGAGCCCGUCACUUGCCGCCGCCUCCUGACCAGUGUAUCGCAGUCGUGGGCAAAAGUAAACAUACUAACUCCAUACACAGAGUACUGUAUACUUCUUGAUAUGAACGAGUUGUUGUCUAGUGUAGAAACUGAUAGUGAACAGUGCUUAAAGAUCUUAACUAUUGCAGCACCUGACUACUUUAACAACAACAACCUCUCAUCUGGAAGUUGUAAACAUCAUUUGCCUUUUUAAUUUAAUAAUGAACUGUGGCGACGUGAGGCUUCAUUCUGUAAUUUGCUCAAUUUAUAUCAAACAAUGCCUUUAUUUUCACUCGCAUUACCUGAAAAUAAAGUGAAAACUCAGGUUAGUUCCUGAAAUGUCUGUCGAGGACUUACUAAUAUCGGAAAAUAUAUGGAUGGUGACAAGGCUAACCAAUCACUAUCACCACACAUCUGUUCUAAGAGUCUGAUUGUGUUAGAGCAGUGAAGGUAAUCAGUGUUAACGAUAAGACUAAACCAACCACUGGCAGUUAUGUAAAAUAACCCUCAGAAAACGCUAAAACACCAAUACACGAUAAUGAACACAACGCAACACACAGCACAACACUUCAGAUCUGUUCCAUUCUGCCGCUCGAAAAAGCAUCAACCCAGACUCCUAAAAACCCACCAACACGCAGAGAACACUACCAUGCGUAACACCAAGCUAAUAUUCUUGUUUCCUCUUGAUCACUAAAGUUUUAUAAGUGUUUUGCCACAACAUGGAGAACACACUUGUGAUAUUGAGAAAUGAUUUAUGAUUUCUAUAACGUUCGUGCCAAGUUGUUGAUAUUUUGAGUCAUCUUGAAAUUGAUUAUCAAAUACAAACGUAACUGCAAUGAGGACACAUACAUUGAGAGUUUAAUGCAAAUGAAUAAUGUUUGAAAAAAUAGCUUUAUAGUCACAACCUCUCCCUGUUACAUGAAAUGGUGAUUAACUAAUAUCAUCUGCUUCAAACUGUACAAUAAGAAACAUCCUUCACACGAGAAAAACUUAUCAGUCAAGGCAGGACAGACAGACAUUGGGUUGAUUAGACAGAGAGGGAUAUUAGUGUGCGUAUACCUGGUCGCUAUAAAACUGUCACAUCUCAAGUAAAAUAUAAAAACAGUAAGCUAUGUAAAACAGAUAACGUAUUUAUUCUGUGUAACCUUACCGUCAAUAUAACCCCUCACGACCCCUUAAAGUUGUAAAUAUUAAUAAACCUUUUCAAUAUAAUGCUCCAACUAUUAUAAUGCUCGUGGUCAUCAUUGGUUUUAUAACAUGAAUCUCUAACCAAAAAUUUGAGAGAAAUUGGGCUAAAGGUCAAAGGGAUUAAGGGAUAACUCGUGUAUCGUGGGCCGCGCAGUGUUGACUUGCUGGCGAUGAGGUCGAGGGUAAAACGCGGUGUUGUGAAGUGCUUAGGUGGCAAGAUCCUAUUAGUCUUUUCUUACCAUUGUAGAUGUUUUCCCUUUCUUUUUCGUUUUUCCUCUUUUUUUCUCUCUACUUCCUUUAUUCUCUCUUGUCUGUGUGCCUGUUUCCAUCUGCCUGUAGGUCUCUCUCUCUCCCUGUCUCCCAAACUUUAUAUAUUAGAUUAAGUGAACGAUAAGUAUCUUGGUGAUUUAUACUGUUUGUGCAUAUAAACACACACAUAUAUAAAUAUAUAUAUAUACAUAUAUCUAUUUUUGGGGAAGUAUUUCCUUUGAAAUAACAGAGAUUUCCCAAGAAUUGCCGACAAUUGCUUAAUAGCUGUAGUUGUUCAGUAGACUAGUUCAAGAAAUGGGUUGGUUGGAUCAACCCCGACACACAUGCUGUUGUUCUCUGAUUUUUACAUUGUGUUCCCAGAAUUUCAGACUUCGAGGCUGACGCGGGGAGCAGCGGGUCACUUUUUUCAGAGGUUGUUUAUGUCCGCACUCACCGGCUGUCGCCCCGAUCUCUGAAUUUCAGGAACUGUUAACACAAAGCGCACUCAACGAAGAUUAGCAUUUUUUUUCUAAUCAAGUUUAUUCUUAUGUGAUUAGAGAGAUCCAUCAGCAGUGGUGAUUCUUUAUAAGGAAGUCUUUUGUUUAUGACUAAGGCUUAACGGAGACGUGAUUUGUAAACCUUUUGAAAGAAGAGAAAUUGUGAUUUAUUUCAGUGAUGUAUUGAUACGAGAUAGACUAAAACCACCACACCUUUUUACCCUUUCAAUGGAGUUUGUUCCUUAAUAUGUAAUCAAAUAUGUAUACCUUAGAAAAAAGAAAAAACAUCUUCAACAUAAAGAAGUUUCACUGCUCACACACGUCUAAAAAAAAAAUUAUGUUAACUAAAAAAAUAAUAAUAAUUUACCAUGUUGAAUCAAAAUCUGUGCCAAGAACGAGUAGAAACAAGAAGAGUCUUCCUCCAGUACCCGAAUGUUUUGCUCACUCUUACGGUUUCAGCACUACAUAAAAUAUUUAGAAGAAGAAAACAAAAAAAAUAUGUGAAGCACUUUGAGAUAUUUUUACCGCCCUUAGUUCAGUACCAACAACAUCCGGGGUCUUGAUACAAUAAGUGAAAGAGACAAGGGACACCUGGUGGAGAGAUACUAGUGACUAUGAUGUAGUAGUACAGUAUUAUAUGAAUAGGUAAUCAAUAAAAUAUAUCAUUCUUCAAUAGUAUCCCCCUUGAACCUGCCCUUAUGAUAAAAAAUGGGAAAUUGUUUUACUCUACGUGGAAUUUUGAGAUAACUUUAGUCAAAUGAGCAUCUUUGGGUACGAUAAAAAUAUGACACUUAAUUGAUUAGUUACAACACUUAGAAACUCAAAUACGUCUCUUAGAUGUUCAGAUAUGAUGCUUGAUGUUUAUAUCCGACUUCUAAUUCACAUAUAUGAUCCUUAAUGCUCAGAUCUGGCCCUCAAGUACCAAUAAGUGACACUCGAAGCUCCACACAAAACAUAAUGGCUUUCGUCAGCUCCUCAAUGUUGAUAUAUCCAAUUUACGAUUCAAAAAAAAAAAAAUUAACAAUGGGGUAAUAAUAAUCAAUGGCUGUCUUAUGCCAAACUUUAAUAAUAGUAAUAAUAAAAAUAAUGAUAAUAAUAAAACACAUCCCUCACUCAUUAAUGAAAACAACAUCCAUACGUGAGGUCAGGAAAGGUGGAAAUUCAUGUAACAAAAAAAAUCAAUAUAUAUAAAGGAGAAACAUUCAUGUAUCUCUCUCCGUCUAUCUCUCUCCUCCAUCAGCUGUCUCUCGUCUCUCUACUUCACCAGGGUGUUGUGUCAAGUACUUCCCUCUCAAUAAAAACAAACAAAAAAAUAAACACAUCCUUCUUUGUCAAUAAAAACCCCUAAACAUUCA